AUGAAAAGAAAAUCGGUUCAAGGAUCAGAACGACAGCAGAGGCUGUGGGCCUUGCAGAAGCUGAAGCUCUUCUCCUCAGAGGACAUCACAGUGAGAAGUCUGAUGGUGGUUUCCUCCAUGGUUUCCUUCAAAGAGAACUUCUGGCAGGGGCUCCUGCUCAUGGCCUCCCUUUUAAGCUGCUGGCACCCAACUACCACUACCCAAAUGGGCAUUACUUUCGUACCAUUUCCUGUGUUUGAAGGAACAAACGUCAUUCUUCAAGUUAUAAAUCUUCCAGACACUCAUACAUCCUUUGCCUGGUUCAAAGAGAUAACAGAAAAGAGUCACGAGAUUGCACUGUAUGCAGUGAAUGCUAAAGGAAAUAUGACGGGGCGUGCAUACAGUGGCAGAGAGACAAUCUACAGUGAUGGAUCUCUGCAGAUCCGCAACGUCACUCAGAAGGACACAGGACACUAUAUUCUAGAAGGCUAUAAUAGGCAAGCAAAACUUGUAUCAGUAGCACCCAUAUACCUCCUCGUCUACUCUUCCCCUUCGAUGUGUGGACGCCCUCCCACCUCUGUUCAGCCCAGUAUUGAAUUAGUGCCUCCCUAUGGUGCUAAAGGAGGAAACGUUCUUCUACGUGUUCACAACCUCCCAGAGAAGCUUCGAACCGUUUCCUGGUACAAGGGGGUAGCUGUGUUCAAGAAUGAAGAGAUUUCUCAGUACAUAAUAGCCAAGAAGGAAAGUGUGGAGGGACCUGCACACAGCGGUAGAGAGACUGUGUACAACGAUGGGUCUUUGCUGAUCCACAAUGUUACCAGGAAGGACACUGGAUUCUAUACCCUACGAACUCUGAGCACAGAUCUGAAAGAGGAAGUGGUACAUGUCCAACUCCUGGUGGAUGCUUCCUAUUUGACAUGUGGACCCCUUCCCACUGCUACUCAGCUCAGAGUUGAAUCAGUGCCACCCCGUGUUUCUGAAGGUGGAAGUGCUCUUCUACUUGUUCACAAUCUCCCAAGGAAUGUUCGAGUAAUUUUCUGGUACAAAGGCGUGGUUGUGUUCCAGAGGCAAGAGGUUGCUUAUUACACAAUAGGCAGCAAUUCAAGUAGAAAGGGACCUGCACACAGUGGCAGAGAGACAUUGUACAGCAAUGGGUCCCUGCUGAUCCACAAUGUCACCUGGAAUCACAUCGGAUUCUACAUCUUGCGCCUUCACAGAACAAAUAUGAGAGAACAAGUGGCAUAUGUGCAACUCCAGAUGGAUGCCUCCCUUUCUACCUGCUGUAACCAUCUCACCUCUGCCCCACUCAUAAUCGAUCAAGUGCCACAGAAUGUUGCUAAAGGGGAAAACGUUGUUCUCCACGUUUAUAAUCUGCCACAAGAUCUGCGAGCCUUUUCCUGGUACAAAUACAUACAUGGAAACCAACGUCAAAAAAUUGCAGAAUACAGCAGAGACAUGAAUUCCAUCAUCAGGGGCCCUAAACACAGCAGACGAAUGACUGUGUACACCAACGGAUCCCUGUUUCUCCAUAGUAUCAGAGAGAAAGAUGCAGGAUUCUACACACUGGAAACUUUAAACAGAGAGUUCAAAAUUGCAACAAUACAUGCACGUCUUGAUAUAAAUGCCUGCAUUCACCCUUCCACCACUGGCCAACUCAUUAUUGAACCAGUGCCUCCCAACAUUGUUGAUGGGAGCAAUGCUCUUUUGGUUGUUCAUAAUAUGCCAGAGAAACUUCAAGCCUUUUACUGGUACAAAUGGGUAGGCAUUCUCUACAAAAGCUUAAUUUACGGGACUGAAAUAACGACCAAUAGAAGAAUGCUGGGCCCUGCAUACAGCGGUAGAGAGACAGUGUACCCCAACGGGUCACUGCUACUGGAAAAUGUCACCCAGGAGGACACUAGAUUAUACACCCUACGAAUCUUAAAUAUGCAGCUUGAAAGUCAGGAGACACACGCGCAGCUCCACAUAUACAAGCCUCUGAUACAGCCCUUUCUUUGGGUUCCAAAUUCCAUAGUCAGAGUACAGAGCUCUGUGGUCCUCACUUGCCUCUCAGACGACACUGAAGUCUCCACCGAGUGGUUCUUCAAUGACCAGGAGCUACAGCUCACAGAGAGGAUGACACUGUCCCCGGCAAGGUGCUGGCUUAAGAUUGAUCCUGUCAGACUUGAGGAUUCUGGAAAAUAUAUGUGCGAGAUCUCCAACCCAAUCUUUUCAAGUAGCAGUCCUCCAAUCUUCCUGGCUGUCAUCAAAGCAUGA